GUAGUAUAAGUUCGGCGUUUCCAGCUUGAUGCCGCCGGACUGAACAGUUGGAAAAGUACCGCAGUCAGCAGCUGAGCAGGACAACUGGGAGAGACAGUUGAAGCGGAGUUUACUGAAUGAAAAUGGACUCUGCGGCGGUGGAGAUAGACGGCAGCGUCAUGGAGGGAGGCGGACAGAUCCUGAGAGUCUCGGCGGCGCUCAGCUGCAUCACCGGCUCCGCCAUAAAGAUCAUCAAGAUCCGGGCAGGCAGGAGCACCCCGGGGCUCAGGCCGCAGCAUCUGACGGGCCUCCAGCUCCUCUCGGACCUCUGCUCCGGCAGCCUGCAGGGGGCCAGCAUCGGCUCCACCGACAUCAGCCUGACUCCAGGGAAGGUCCGGUCGGGGAACCACACGGCCGACACGCAGACCGCAGGGAGUGUGUGUUUGCUGCUGCAGGCGGCCCUGCCCUGCGCGCUGUACGCUGACGCCGCCUCACAGCUCCUUCUGAAAGGAGGAACCAACGCAGAAAUGGCCCCGCAGAUCGACUACACUGUGAAGGUCUUCAAGCCCGUUGUGGAGAAGUUCGGCGUCCAUUUUGACUGCGACAUCAGGAUGAGGGGCUACUACCCCAAAGGCGGCGGGGAGGUGGUGGUGACGGCUCAGCCGCUCAAGGAGCUGCAGCCCGUCUCCAUGACGGACAGAGGAAACAUCACAAAGAUCCACGGCAGAGCCUUCGUGGCCGGAGUCCUGCCCUUCAAACUGGCUAAAGACAUGUCAGCCGCCGCCGUUCGGACCAUCAGGAAGGAAAUCAAAGAACUUUACAUCAACAUCCAGGCAGUGCAGGAGAAGGAAAAGGCCUACGGGAACGGCAACGGCAUCAUAAUCAUCGCAGAAUCAUCCACAGGCUGCCUGUUCGCAGGAUCGGCUCUGGGAAAGAAAGGUGUUUAUGCAGAUAAAGUGGGAAUAGAAGCUGCAGAGAUGCUGCUGAGAAACCUCAGACACAACGGCUGCGUGGACGAGUUCCUGCAGGACCAGCUCAUCAUCUUCAUGGCGCUGGCGAAGGGAACAUCUAGGAUUCGGACCGGCGCCGUGACGCUGCACACGCAGACGGCCAUCCACAUCGCAGAGCAGCUCACUCAGGCGAAGUUCACGAUAACAAAGAGCGAAGACGAGCUGAGCAGCGGCGUCACAUACAUCAUCGAGUGUCAAGGAUCCGGAGUGGUUAACCCCAACCUGUAGCCCCACACACACACACACGCACACACACACACACACACACACUCACACACACACACUCUGCUGGACUCGUAGCUGCUCCUGACAUGGCCGACCCUCUUAGUUUCUGUCGCUCAGGGUUUUUUUGUUUCCUUAAUAAUGUGAUGAAAUAAUUAAAUAAAAAUCUUCCAAGCAAUCAA